CACAAUCAUAGGCUAGCAGGAAAUCAGUGACUAUUUGUCACUCCUUCCAAAGGGAGGAAAACAGUUGGUGGCAGAUAUUCAGAGCCAUCAAGUAUCCAGCAGAGAGAUUAAAUCUCCUUUUCUCCAUGCCGGGAUACUCAGAGUUUUACUUCAAUGUGGACCAUGGCUACUUGGAGGGUCUGGUCCGAGGGUUCAAAGCUGGGAUCUUGACAAGUGCGGACUAUGUCAAUUUAGCACAGUGUGAGACACUAGAAGAUCUGAAGUUACAUCUACAGACUACAGACUAUGGCAACUUCUUGGCUAAUGAAACUGGCCCUCUCACCAUUUCCACCAUUGAUGAUAAACUGAAAGCAAAACUACUCACAGAAUUUCAUUACUUUAGAAACCAUGCUUUUGAACCACUUGCCGCUUUUCUAAAUUUUAUCACAUACAGCUACAUGAUUGACAACGUAAUUCUUUUAAUAACUGGCACAUUACAUCAGCGGCCCAUAGCUGAACUUGUUCCCAAAUGCCAUCCACUGGGGAGCUUUGAGCAAAUGGAAGCAGUCAGCAUUGCCUCAAACCCCACGGAGCUUUUCAAUGCAAUUUUGGUUGACACACCAUUAGCUGCUUUCUUUCAAGACUGCUUGUCUGAAAAUGACCUGGAUGAAAUGAACAUUGAAAUAAUGCGCAACAAGCUGUACAAGUCUUAUCUUGAGGCAUUUUAUAAGUUUUGUGAAAAACAAGGUGGUACUACAGCAGAAAUAAUGAGACCUGUUCUGGAGUUUGAGGCAGACAGACGUGCCUUUAUCAUCACUAUUAAUUCAUUUGGUACUGAGCUGAGUAAAGACGAUCGAAAGAAGCUGUAUCCAACCUGUGGAAAACUGUAUCCAGAAGGAUUACACCUGCUGGCCAAUGCAGAUGACUACGAGCAAGUGAAGUGUGUUGCAGAUUACUAUGCAGAAUACAAGGCUGUGUUUGAAUGUGUAGGGAGUGGCACCGGAGAAAAGACACUGGAAGACGCAUUUUUUGAACAUGAGGUAAAGCUGAAUGUGCUUGCAUUCAACAACCAGUUUCAUUUUGGAGUAUUUUAUGCCUACAUAAAGUUAAAGGAACAAGAAUGCAGGAAUAUUGUAUGGAUUGCCGAAUGCAUUUCUCAGAGACACAGAACCAAAAUUAACAACUACAUUCCAAUUUUCUAAAUCUGAGAAUUUAUAAUCCUACAAUGCCUGAAAAGAUGCAUUAUUUCAUAGAGAAAAAGAAACAUCUUAUUCUGAAAGUUAACUCUUAUCAAACGUUUUAAAUUGAAUUAAUGAUCCUCCUUAUAUAGAGCAGUGUAAGAAAAUGUAAUGCAAUUAGAGAUAUGAGUACUUUAUAAGAAAAUAUUAGCGCGCUUAUUCAUAGUUUUUGUUGGUAAAUGUGUUCCCCACUGUGCCUAUUUUAACUUAAUUGACCAAUAAAAACUCCCUGCAAGGUCUUGCAUACAUAUUCUUUCUCCUUUGUGGAAGCAACCUUUCUAUCAAUGACAUUUGAAAAGCUCUUUAAUGGCUUAAUUUUGAAUAAUGGUUUUCUCAAAGAGCCAACUAAACUAUUACUUCUGUCUUACACUUACGGUCUUCUUCAUGGCAUACAAGACCUAAUACACAACUGAGAGAGAAACUUUAAGGUUACUCUGAGAUUCCACUUAAGGAAUCUCAAGAGAGAGCUUCCUGAACCUUUCUAACUGUGACACUUCUCUGCAGCUAAACGUAAAUAA